ACUGAUGCAUUCUCACAAUUAAGCAGCCCCUCAGUUUACAGGUCGACCACAACAAAGCAACAACUCGCCUUUUUUUUGUUGUUGUUGUUGCGCGGCCCCGGAUAUUCGGAGCUAAAAUAUGGCUCUUUAAACUCGCGAAGUCGUCGGACCCGAUAAGAAACCGUGCUUUGCCUUAGCAACGCACCCUAAGUGCUCUACCUUUUUUCUCUGCAAGAAUGGAGUUUCAUUAUGCUCACCCAGCCCUGCUCUCUGUGGCCCAUCUGUCAGACCCUGCCUGCUCCCAGCACAUGCUUGGACUUGGACUGAAUCAAAGUGCCAACAGACAAUAUGAUGGCAACAUCAGCUCCUGUUUGGAAGACUCUUCGUGUCUGCCCGGCAGACCCCCUCGCUCCCUCUCACCCACAGGCUAACCACAGCCAAUCACAGGGGUGCAGGGGGGAGGUGUCAGAGGAGAGUCACCACUUAAUUGGUGAUGGUCUCACUGACUGGAUGACGGAAGAAGUGGAUUUUUCCUCGUACCUCCCAAACCCUCCUUCCCCUCCCUCCUCCACCAAUGCCUCCCUUCCCCCGUCGCCCCUUCAGAAUGAUAUCCAGGUGCCCUCUGACUUGGAGGUCAUGACCUCUCUGCUGCAAGAGGAACUUGCCCAACUUGAGGACUACUUCCUGUCUGAGCCACUGCCAGAGAAAGGGCCACGGCUCGGAAAAUGCGACCGGGGUCCUCUGCCGGCGGGUCCUCAGCCGUUCUGUCAGCUGCCAUACGCAUCCUACUCUACAUCUAACCAAUCAGAAUCCAGCCCACUCCUUGUUACCCUGGCAACCGGAGAACUGGACCUGCUGAGUGUCUGUGGCGGGCCCAUCGGGCGAUCCAAAAUUCCAAGACACGCCCCGUACAGCUGCAGUCGCCCCAGUGGGUGUGUUAGGAAAAGAGUCCCAGAUGGGGCGAGGUUCAGUGAAGGCUACGAUAACAGUUUGUUGAGUUCCAAAGGAAGCAACUCAGGUAACGCAGCGGUGACCCUCGCAGGUAGCUACGACUACGUAGAGGACGAGCAGCUGGUAGGGAAAAGCUACUGUCUGGGUAGUGCAGUCGAGGUCAGAAGAUGUGGCGUUCUACCAAGAGACGAGAAAAAUUGCUGUUUCAGUCAAGAUGUCAUAGGUGGCGCGAAGGUCGUCGGUGGUGGAUUUGGCUUCGGUGGAUCAAUAAACGUCCCGCACAAGAAAGAGGAUCUGCUGAUGUACAGCAUGAGGGAGGUCAGCGGAGGCACUAGUAACAACGAGGGGCUGAAUAGUAUCAAAACAAGUGUGGAGAUGACAAAGGCCACCGUUUCGUGGAAAUCGGAGAGCAGCGACGGUUGUUAUCUUCCAGCAACACCGCAGUCCGAGGCCUAUCAUAGCUUCUUAAGCAACAUCAAUGAACAGGUGAAAGCAGAGAGUCUACAGAGAGGGCAACAUGAUUUGCACUGUAAUUUCCUGGAGGAUCAGGGCCCAGAGUGUCUUUUAAUGUCGAGGGAGAGUUUGAGCUUGGAGUCACCAGGGCACAGACAGGCAUGCAGGCUGAAGGAAGACCACUGCGCUUUGAGUUACGAAGACGACCUGGUUCCAGCCGAAGGCGGGAAGCGCAAACAGAAGAAGAGGGAUCAGAACAAAACUGCCGCUCACAGGUACCGCCAGAGAAAAAGGGCAGAGUUAGACACUUUGGAGGAACAGCUGCACGGCCUGGAAGGGAAGAACCGGGAGCUCCGGGAUAAGGCAGAGUCGGUAGAACGCGAAAUCCAGUACGUCAAAGACCUGCUGAUUGAAGUUUACAAGGCCCGCAGCCAAAGGCUCAAGCAGGACACAACAGCGUAGCACCAAGAUCCUGCAAGUAGAUUUAAAGCGGCCGCCGCCGGGAGAAUGUGGCGCUCUUUGUGUCUGUGAGAUUGUCCAGGAUUGAAUGUUUGAUUUUUUUUCUUUUAAUGCGGGUGGGGUAAUUGCAUGCUUUGCUAUGACGUGAAUUCUUUUUUACAUUUUAAAAUCAACACUAUCCAAUGCUUCCAUUGCUUUCGCACUCUAAUCACUUGAGCCUGCACUGUGGCAUUGCAAUGCUUUAAAUGACAAUCAUUUUUAACGGAUCUCACACUGCCUGGAUCUACCAAAUAUGGUUAUUUCCAAGAAGUAAUGUUAUUCACGAUGCAGGUUUAACAUGUUUAAACGCCUUACAUUGGAAUUGAUGUCAGCAAUAGAACUAAAUGUGUUGGGUUUUUUCAAAUUUGAUUUUGGAAUUAGUGUAUCACCCAAAGUUGAACAGUUAAAGUCAUCCAACAUGUUGUUGUCCAGACAUGAAAGGGAGUCAUUUCAUUUUGACCACAUUUUUUAUACCUUUUUUAGAGUCAUUUCUCGCCCCUCUUGAACAGCAAAUAUUAUUAUUAUUAUUUCGAUUGCUAUGAAUAUUUUAGAAUAUUUGGAUUGCGCUUGAAGAUGUAUUGACUUUUAAAACUGCAAAAAAAACGGUCAGUGUACCGAAGAGCAAGAAACCUUUCGUCAUCAACCGUAGCAAAUAUUUUAUUAGUUUAAUAUUGUUAUUCUUUCUUGGACAAAGCCUUUGAUAGGUGCAGCCCAAAAUAUUUGAUAUGAUUCGGAUGCUUUUUGCAUGUAGUUCCGUUUUACUUUUACUGAAGGUAAAAUCAAUUUUAACCAACCUGUUUAAAAAAAUUAUUAUUAAAGUAAUUUUUAAAACAUUUACAUUGCUCUUUAAGCCCAAAUCACAUAUUUCUUCCAGCAGUGACUAUUGUCCAAAUAAUUCAUUGUGACUAAAACAGAAUUUGCUAAUAAUUAUUUUUUUCCAUGUUGUAAAAUAUCUAUUUUGCAGCUCAGGACAUACAAUUUGUUCUCCAGUCCCAUCCCAGUAGAUUCCACGCAGGAGACGUUUGUCCUUAAUUUUACAAGAUUUAAUUGUUUGUUUUUCCUGAUGUAAGAAAGGGGCUCCAUAUGUAGAACGAUUGUAAGUAGUGGAGUUUUCGCAGCCUCCCUAUGCAUGUUUUUCCAUAAACGGAGUAGAAAAUGUAGACUUUCAGAAAUAAGAUUUUUCUCUCUAAAGUGCUCGUUGAGGCAAUACGUUUUAUAGGCCUCUGGCUGAUCUGCACUAAUUUGUAACGACUUUGUAUGUUCAGGGAAUGAAGUGUGUUAGCCUUGUCUUUGUAGAAAAGAAAAUGUCAUUAGGGUUAUUUGUUUUGGCAGUGUAUGGAUACUGUCUGUAAUUUAUUGUCUGAUUUAUCUGAUUUAUUGAUCAGGAAAUAACUUACUGUUACUGUUAAAUAUGCCUAUACCGGGCAUAUCUUUUUUUUUUCUAUGCAUAUUUAUUUUAAGACAAUCUUCAUUAUGAACGCAGAAUUUUUUAUUUAUUCAGCUUUUGGCAAUACAUGUCACAUGUUCAACUGCGACUUUUUGAAACCAAAAAUAUGUGACAGCACUUAUAACGCUUUGUCAUUUAAUGUUUAUUUAACCAUGUAUGCUCGUGUGAGGUUACUUUUAUUAAAACAUCAAAUAAAAGGAGUCUAACUCG